GUAUCCCUCUCUCUCUCUCCCCCCCCCCCAAGAAAACGACCGCCAAAAAAAAUCACCUCUCUAUAGACUCCUUUUGAUCAUCAAAGCAGAAUCGUCACUCCUGCUUCAGCAAAAUCAUUAGGGUUUUGGGGGAUUUCCUAGGGGGUUUUUUGCGUGGGAAAUAGAUCACGAAGUCGAGGGAUAAAUUUUGCUUGAUCGGAGGAAUCUUUUUUUUUUUUUUUUUUUUUUUUUGUAAUGUUGUUGUCGAAUAAGAUUCUCGAUUUCUCUCCAUGAGCACUGUCGCCUGGUUCUCUUUUGGGUUUUCAGAGAAUCGGCAAAUGAGAAGUUCUGGCUUUGUUCUUCUCAAGCUGGCCUUGUUCUUCUUUGGUUCGAUUUCCAUAGAGUCUCGAGUUGUGGGGGCGUUCGUCGGAACCUACGGGAUAAAUUACGGGAGGAUUGCAGACAACAUCCCUUCCCCGGAUAAAGUAGUCUUACUGUUAAAGCAAGCCAAAAUCCGAAAUGUCCGCAUAUACGACGCAGAUCACAGUGUUCUCAAAGCCUUCAGCGGGUCCGGUCUUGAACUCGUGGUUGGACUUCCGAAUGAGUACCUGAAAGAGAUGAAUUCAAAUGCUGAUCACGCGGUUUCUUGGGUCAAAGACAAUGUCCAGUCUUUCCUUCCCGAGACCCGGAUCCGUGGGAUUGCAAUAGGGAAUGAGGUUCUUGGAGGUCCUGAUUACGAGCUAUGGGGAGUGUUACUAGGUGCUGCAAAAAAUGUAUAUAACGCAUUGAAAAAGCUAAACUUAGAAGAUACAGUACAGAUCACGACAGCUCAUUCACAGGCCGUGUUCUCAAAUUCAUACCCGCCUUCGUCUUGCGUGUUCAGAGAGAAUGUCGUUCAGUUCAUGAAGCCGCUCUUGGAGUUCUUUGACCAGAUUGGCUCUCCUUUCUGUUUGAAUGCCUACCCGUUUUUGGCUUACACUUAUAAUACAAAGGACAUCGAUAUCAAUUAUGCUCUCUUCCAGCCGGCCAAAGGGAUAUAUGACCCGAAAACCGAUCUGCAUUAUGACAACAUGCUUGAUGCUCAGAUUGAUGCGGCCUACAUGGCACUUGAAGACGCUGGGUUCGAGAAAAUGGAGGUUAUUGUCACUGAAACCGGGUGGGCAUCUAAAGGAGAUUCAGAUGAACCCGCAGCCACCCCGGAGAAUGCGAGAACAUAUAACUAUAACCUGAGAAAGAGGCUUGCAAAGAAGAAAGGGACACCUCUUAGACCGAAAAGGGUCUUGAAAGCAUACAUCUUUGCCCUCUUCAAUGAAUAUCAGAAGCCCGGGAAGACUUCGGAGAGAAACUUUGGACUUUUUAAGGCCGACGGAACCCUAUCUUACGAUAUCGGUUUCCACGGUCUGAAAUCCGCUGCUUCAAGAUCGCUACUUUCGCUAUAUAAGGACGUUUCUACGCUGCUCGUCUCUGGCUCAGCGUUGCUCCUUUUGUUAAGACAAUAACCCCCGGAAUUGUAUGAAGUUUCGGCUCAUGGAUGUUUUGCCGAAUGCAUUCACGAAAUCAAACGGUGGCAAAUUGGUAUGGUAAGUGCAUAUUAGGUUUCUUGCAUUGAUCAAAGAGUACAUAGAGAGCAAAGAGGAGAUCUGAGUUAUACACAAAACGGUUUGUAACAGUGUCGAUUGUUUCGGCCAAAUGGUAAGUCGCAGUUUCGAUA